AAAGAAUCCGACUAAUACGGCCGGCAGUUACUACUUCGACCGCGUUUUGUUGAGCAGCUGAGAGCAGCAGCAGCGUCUAGAUCGAAUCAAGCGAAUCAGCUGUAGGGAUUUGCUGGGAGCGAUGGGAUUCUGAUUUUUCCCAGAAAAAACUAGUAAUUUCUUUUCAAAAACGGUUCAGUUUUGUGACGAGUGCCAUCACCAUGGAUUAUAAAAGUGUGGUUUACAAUGCAGCUAGGGACGGCAACCUGAAUAGAUUGAAGAUAUACCUGCAUUCCAACAAGGGUAAAGAAGAGGUUUCAAUGCUUGUGGCAUCCAAGACUUCUGGUGCAACCCCUUUAGUGAUAGCUUGUAGGAAUGGUCAUUUCUAUGUUGCUCAAUAUCUAAUUGAGAAGUGUGGAGCUGAUGUUGAGCAACCAGGAUCAGUCAUCUUCGACGGCGAGACCAUAGAAGAAGCCCCUCCGCUAUGGUGCGCCGCAGCCGCCGGCUACCUGGACAUAGUCAAGCUGCUGAUCUCGCACGGCGCCAAGGUCAACAGCACCACCAGGACCAAGUCGACCCCCCUGAGGGCGGCCUGCUUCGACGGCCACCUGAACAUCGUCCGAUACCUGGUGCAGCACGGCGCCGACGUGGAGAUAGCCAACCGGCACGGGCACACCUGUCUGAUGAUCGCCUGCUACAAGGGCCACCUGGACGUCGUAAGGUACCUGCUAGAGUUGGAGGCAGACGUUAACAGGAGGAGCGUGAAAGGCAACACCGCCCUGCACGACUGCGCCGAAUCUGGCAGCCUCGACAUACUGAAGUUGCUGUUGGACAGCGGCGCCGUCAUGUCGCGCGACUCUUACGGUAUGACCCCACUCUUAGCAGCUGCCGUCACCGGUCACUACUACAUAGUGAACUUUUUGAUUAACCAUCCCGAUGUUACUAGGGAAGAACAGAUUGACGCUUUGGAGCUGUGCGGUGCCACGUUCGUAGACAAGAAAAGAGACAUGGUUAAGGCUAUCUAUCUGUGGAAGACAGCCAUGCACAAAAGAUACCUGCCAGGAGAGAAGAGGAUCAACAAACCAACCCCGGUGCUGAGGAAAGCCUACGACUACGUGGAAGAGGUCAAGGAUCCGGACGAGCUGGACAACCUGAUAGCCAACUUGGACAGCAUGCGGAUGCACGCCCUCAUCAUCAGAGAGAGGAUCCUGGGUCUCACCCACCCGGACACGAGCUACUACGUCAGAUACAGGGGCGCCGUAUACGCGGAUUCGGGCAGGUUCGACAGGUGCAUAGAUCUGUGGAACUACGCGCUGGACAUGCAGCAGAGCAACAGGCAGAACGUGCAUCCGAUGACGCAGAGCAGCCUGUUCUCUUUCACGGAAUUGUUUUCCUUCAUGAUGGCGGAGGAAGGUAAACAAACCCUGAGAGGCAUCGUACCCCCGGCUGACCUGAACGAGGUCCUCAGAGUGUUCACGAAAGCCGUGGAAGAAGUAAAAUUCGCCCACCAGAAGUUGAACGAGACGAAAUGCAGCGACGAGGGGAAUCCAACCUAUCUGACCAGGGUGAUGGUGAUCACCUUGCACCUGGCCUGCCUACUGCUCAGGCUCAUGGAAGACUCGCCGAAGACUGACCAUCAACAGAUACGUAAGGCCAUAUACAACUUCGUGACGUUGGACAUCAAGGCGAAGAAGGGAAGAAGACUGCUGCAUCUGGCCUGUUGUCAAGACGCGUCCCUUCAGUGGACCUACCCGGCCUGUCAGUUUCCCUCGUCGCAGCUUGCCGAGAUCAUUUUGGAAUUUGGAGCCCAUCCCAACUGCAAAGACGACGACGGUAACACCCCCCUGCACUUGGCAGCAAUGGCCUCCCCGUGUCCGCCAGCCGUACCACGUGUCCUUUUGAAACACGGUGCUCACAUAGACACAGUGAACAAUAACGGUGACACUUUCGCUACCCUGUUGAAAGGUCAAAAAGUGAACGAAGUGGUGGACAUAAUCAAAUAUACGAAAUUAACUUGUGCUGCAGCCCGCGUCAUACAACAGUUCAAAAUACCGUACAGGGGCGUGGUUCCGGUAAAUUUAGAAUCCUUCAUUGCUUGCCAUUGAAACAACUAUAAGGAAUAGAUUGUGAUAAACUGCUAUCGUUAGAGGCGGAACGCAAACUGCAAUUUCUGCCGUUCAGUAUCCAAAAUAGAACUAAUUAAGAGACAUCUGACUUCAAUGGAUGUGGGAAACACUUGCCUACUUCACAUAGCGAGUCCAGUACUGAUAAUCUUAAUUUCAAUCCGACCGAGUUGGAUUUUUCAUGAGAUUCAAGCACACAAACUAUCACAUCACCUACUAUAGUACAUUAACUGAAAUUGACAUCUCAAUGUACAUAGAAAUAAUCAAAUUUACCUCCCCUCCCCCUUUGAGAUCAGAUGCCAACUGUACUGCGGUUAUUUUGGUAUGCUUCAACUUUUUAUGGUAACACAAAUCAGUUAGUCAUAGCCCUUAUGAAAAAAUGCAUGAGUGUUUGAGGUUAUGCAUCGGUACCAUUCAAAAUUUAACAUAAUUUAAAAAAAAAAAUUAACUGAAUUUUAGCGAAUUAUGUGAAUGCUUACUUACCAUCUAGUCUCAUUAAAUUUCUUUCAACUACACAAAGUAAUGAAAUAAAAGACGUGUACGUUUAUAUGAACUUACUCAAGUUCUAUCAAAUGUUUUACAUUCAUUUUUCAUCGAUACUCAUUUGCACAUCCAUAAUUUAAUGACUGAAAAAGCCAAUGUAACUUUUGUAGAUUCAUUUUGUAGCUGACCAAAACUGGAUGUAACUUGAGAUUAGCACUCAAAAUCGUAAAAACAUGUUACAAUAGUUAUUUUGAGUGUCGAUCUUAGAAUGCCAUGGACUAGUGUGCCAGUAGGUUCACCUUGAGAUAGGUAGAUCUAUACCUUAGUUAUAUAGACAGUAGAUUCUAAAUUCGUUGAGAGUUAACAAUUCGAAAUUUUUUUGAGACAAUUUAAAAUGAGUAUGGUAAGUUAUGAAAUUAUAUUAAUUUCAAAUCUAGUAAUGAAUGAACAAUUGUGAUAUAUUGAAAUUAAAAUUGUAUAAAUCUAGGUUAAUCGUCCAAUUUUCAUGGUACACAUCUGAAGUUUACAUCACAGUGUUAUCUGAUGUUCGUUUGGGAUUAUUGACUGAGAUGCGACGAGAACAUCUUUUAGAACAGAAUAUUUUUGUUCCUUUCAUCUCUGAAUGUGUGAUUUAUGUGUGCUGCAUAGAGUAAAUCACUUUAAAUAUUAGCUAUAUGAAUUUUGUUAAUAUAUAAAGUAAAUGAUUAUUAUAGAA